AUGGCGAGCGUCGCUCAUAAAGUUGCUUUAAUUACAGGAGCCAGUUCAGGCAUUGGCGCAACCACAUGCAGGUUUUUUGCUCGUGAAGGUUACAAACUAGUUCUAGCUGGCCGAAAUUUGGAUAGUUUGCAGUCUGUAGCUCAAUGUUGUGGUAAAGUAGAGAAAUUAAUUAUAUCAAGCGAUUUAACGGACGUAAAUGAACCUAGCAAGAUUAUUGAAAAAUCUGUUAGCCAUUUUGGUCGUUUGGAUGUAUUAGUGAAUAAUGCUGCCAUUUUGGCAUUAGGUAGCAUUGAGGAAUCUGAUCUGGAACAAUACGAUAACAUCAUGGAUACGAAUAUCAGAUCUAUGUACCAACUGACGCAAAAGGCAGUACCGCAUUUGAUCAAAACUCAAGGAUCCGUUGUUAACGUUUCCAGUAUCAAUGGUCUGAGAUCUUUCCCUGGAGCUUUGACCUAUUCCAUAUCUAAAAGUGCUGUAGAUCAAUUUACAAGAUGUAUCGCUUUAGAACUGGCCAGUAAGCAAGUUCGCGUAAACUGUGUUAACCCUGGCAUUGUUGAUACGAACAUUCGCAAGCGAGGAAAUGUUAGUGAAGUGGUUGCAGAGUUCUUAGAAAGAAGUAAGACAACACAUGCAUUAGGCCGUAUAGGAACAACUGAAGAAAUCGCUGAUGCCAUCUUAUUCCUUGCAUCAGAUAGAGCUUCCUUUAUCACUGGUGUAACAUUACCUGUUGAUGGCGGAAAACAUGCAAUGUGUCCUUAUUGA